AGAAGAUAGAGAUGGCGAGCAUUUGGCUUAUUGGUGUUGUUGCUUUUCUUGCAAUUAUACCAGCCGGCAAGGGGGAUGGGCUGAGUGAUAAUUUCUAUGGCGAAAGUUGUCCAUCUGCCGAGGCAACAAUUCAGCGAGUGGUGGAGAAAUACAUGGCAAUGGAUCGCACUCUGGCGGCUCCUCUCUUACGGAUGAAUUUCCAUGAUUGCUUUGUGCGAGGUUGCGAUGGGUCAGUGCUUCUGAAUUCCACAGCGAACAACAAAGCAGAAAAAGAGGCAAUUCCAAACCAGAGCCUGCGCGGAUUCAAUGUAAUCGAUGAUGUGAAAGAAGAAGUAGAGAAGAUAUGCCCAGGUGUCGUUUCCUGUGCUGACAUUAUUGCCCUAGUUGCCCGAGAUGCUGUCGUUGUUGGGAGUGGAGGUCCAUCUUGGAGUGUGAAAACAGGACGUAGAGAUGGAGUGAUAUCUCGGGAGAUUGAAGCCUCGAACAAUAUUCCUUCACCAUUUUUUAACUUUUCGCAACUCCAAAAUUCUUUUGCAAGCAAAGGACUAGAUGUCAAAGACCUUACUGUUCUCUCUGGUGGACAUACAAUUGGAGUUGGUCUGUGCAAUUUCUUCAGCAACAGGCUUUACAACUUCACAGGAAAAGGAGAUAUGGACCCUUCCCUCAACACCACUUAUGCCCAAUUUUUAAAGACAAAAUGCCCUAAUUUAGCAGACAACACAACCAUUGUACCAAUGGAUCCCAGUAGCCCCCUUACCUUUGAUAACCAUUACUAUACUAAUCUUGAAGCAAAAAUGGGCCUCUUCCAGUCUGAUGCUGCCCUACUCACAAAUUAUGCUGCCAACGGGUUUGUCGAUGAACAAUUAGAUCAAGAUUCUUUCUUUGAGAAUUUCAAGAAUUCCAUGCAAAAAAUGAUCGAAGUCCAAGUUCUCACUGGAACAGCAGGGCAAAUUAGACGUCAGUGUGCCUUCGUCAACUAAGCUCAUAUCAAUUGUAAUAGCUUCUAUAUUAUUUCAUUUUAUUUUGAGUGAUGUCUUUAGUGGAGAAUAAAAGUAGUUGUCAGCCAAUAAAGUUGAGAAAGUCUCUGAAUGGCUUCCACAUGUAAUGUUAGGGUAGGUGGGUUAUUGAUUAUCAGUGUGAUGACUUUUGAAAUCGAUUUUUAGAAUAGAUUAAUAAAGAUUCUCAUUAUUUAGAGU